AUGGAGAAUCUCACGACCGACAUACUGUCUACUAUUGACAAUCCUCAGCCUGAUGAUCCUAUCUUAGAAUGUUUUGAGCUCGACAGGGAGAAGCUUCAAUCUUCUCUUCGAGAUGACCCAGAAAGUGCUCUGGCCCUGGCAGACACGAAAUUACAUGUUUUCCCAUUCAAGGAUGUCAAAUUGUCCUGGCGUCGUCUUUACACAGAUGCAAGUAUCGUUCUGGCAGUGCAUUUGAUUAAGAAGAAUAUCCUUUCUGAACAUCAGAAUGGCCGUCAUGAUGAUAGCUCAUCUUGGCUUGCAUCUGUGAUCCGCUACCUAGACAUGGCACUCAUCAUGGCUGGUGCACCCUGGCGAGAGGAGAUGAUUGACUCGUUAUUCUCAGCCUUAAAGGACUGGCGACAAACAAAUCAGAAAGCAUCAAAACAGUCGCCAACAUCUAUUGAAGAAGACGAGGACGAACCCGCUACAAAGAGACGAAAAUUGACUGUUCCCUUAUUCCCACCAGGGUCAGCUCCAUUACCUGAACUGACAAAACCGAUUCCUCGCAUCUCAGCACCUUCUUUCUACGCGAUGGAAAACCACAUACAAGAGGUGCGUACACCACUUGUCAUUACUGAUGCGGUCAGUCAUUGGCCGGCGCUAAGUGAAAGGCCCUGGUCAUCCAAGGACUACUGGUAUGAGCAGAUGCUGGAAGGAAAGCGACUUGUUCCAGUUGAGGUGGGACGUUCUUAUACUGAUGAGGGGUGGGGACAGCGAAUUAUGCCUUUCUCUGAGUUUGUCAAUACUUUUCUUUGGAGACUCAACGAUGGGACGAAGACAGCAACGAGCGAUGCAAAUGCAACUCAAGAGGAUGAAGAUCAGACUGGGUACAUGGCACAACAUGAUCUACUGACACAAAUCCCAGCUUUGCGAAAGGAUAUCAGUGUGCCAGACUUUUGCUAUAUUGAUCCUCCAGCGGCCGAACCUGGGACGCCUGUAUACCUGAAGAAGAUGCAUGAAAGGGAGGCAGAGAUUGCCAAAAAUAAGGCCGAUACUGAAAUGGAUGAUUGCUCUGAAGAGAAGACAGUUCCAGAGGGGAAGGCAUCACAGGGUUUCUUGUCGAAACAAAACCAUGCAGGUAAUUCGUCGAAUGACGAAGCAGAGAUAGGCGUUGCCUCCGACCCAAUCAUCAAUACCUGGAUUGGCCCAUCAUGGACGAUAUCUCCGUUACAUCACGAUCCCUACCAUAACAUUCUCGUGCAAGUUGUUGGUGCCAAAUACAUCCGAUUAUACUCGCCACAUACUCCAGCGUCACAGAUAUACCCACGGGGAAUGGAGAUGGUCAAUUCUAAAGAUGAUACACCCAAACCACCAGGCCAGCAAGACAAGAUUGAUACAGAUCCAAAUCCAACUACAGAAAAGAGCCAGCUCAUCGACAUGUCGAAUACAUCUCAGAUUGAUCUGGCGGCUAUUGAACUGUCGCCCGCUGAAUCCGAGCUUUGGGAGUCUACAUGGCCUGGCUUUGCAGAGGCAGAUUAUGUCGAGACGGUUUUGAAGGAAGGUGAAUGUUUGUACAUUCCUGUUGGCUGGUGGCACUAUGUCCGUGGGCUUAGAGCAGGUAUCAGCGUCAGUUUUUGGUGGGGUUAG